UCAGAGGAUGACAUGCACAUGUGUUUGGCAGAACGUCCGAAUGAGCGAGCCUCUGCGAUCUAUUUAAAGUACGAUCCACUCGCAAAGCCCGAUCCUAUUUUACAAAAAUCUAUGAUAAUUAGCUAUCGUAUCGAUCGAACGAGUGAAGUAUUGAAAAUCUACCGAUCAUGGCCGAUUGUUCCUCAAUCUUUGAUCCGUUGGUCGACAAAUUAACCGAUGACCGUGCGAACAGAGGAAAAGUGCGGAGAAAACGUGACAGCGCGAAGCGUAAUUUCUCUCGCUUGACCGACACUCAUGAAGUACGUAGAUACGAUAUUGUCACGGGAGAAUCAAUCGCCGGAACGAUCGAUUGAUCACCGGUUAGAUGAAGUCUCUUAUCGGAGGAUUUUUUAGACAAACAUUCAUCCGCAACCAUUUUUACGCACACGAGUGUACGUAGCCGCAGUAUGAGACCUCGUACGAUCGUGUUUUAAGGUUAGUCCGAACGGGACGAGGAAGUCCCUCUGUGCGGACGAUUAUCCUUCUCGCAUUAUUCAUUUACCGUUUACCAGACUCGAAUGAGCUGAUGUCACGCACCACACUGAUCAGACUGCGUUUAAGAUGACGCUCCUCUGGAAGUUACUGUGUAAUCCCGGUGCCUUGCGAAAAGCAGGAUAUCGCGGUAUCGGUGUAUCGCACAAGUACUUGUUCGACUCGUACCUGACGACAUGGCUUAUCAGAGCGUCGAGGAAGAACCGUACGACAUUCGUCAGCCUGAGGCACCAUGCGACCAGUGCCAUCGAGUCCGACGUUUCGAGGUCCGUCGCACGUUCGGCCAAAAAGACCAAGACCUCGGAGCUGAAGAGUCUGAUUCUGUUAGCAGCGCCUGAGAAGUGGACCCUGAUGCGAGCCAUCGCAUUGUUACUGGUGUCGUCCAGUGUAACGAUGGCUGUGCCCUUUUGCUUUGGCAAAGUGAUUGAUAUCAUCAAUACUGCGAAGGAAGAAGACAUGAAAGAGAAUCUCAAUCGGCUAACAUUGGUUCUGCUUGCAGUGUUUCUCAUAGGUGGCCUCAGCAACUUUGGAAGAGUCUAUCUGAUGUCCACAGCAGGACACAGGAUUACACAGUCUUUGAGGAAACAAGCGUACGCCGCUAUCCUUCGGCAGGAGACAGCAAUGUUUGAUAAGAGAAGCACAGGGGAACUGGUUGGGAGAUUGAGUGGCGACACUCAGCUGAUCAGCUCUGCAGUAACAUCCAAUGUCUCGGAUGGUCUACGUUCCGCUGUCAUGGCGGUGACAGGAGUGUCCAUGAUGUUCUACGUGUCGCCGUCGCUCGCUCUGCUCGGCCUAUCUAUAGUGCCACCCGUCGUGGCUGUCGCAGCAGUAUGGGGUCGCGUGCUGAAGAAAAUCUCCAAAAACUUGCAGAAUAGUUUCGCGGUGCUGAACGCGACCGCCGAGGAAAGGAUCAGCAACAUCAGAACCGUCAAGGCAUUCGCGCAAGAGGAGCGCGAGAUCGACCGAUACAGCGCCAGGAUGCGAGACGUUCUGACGCUUUGCUACAAGGAGAGCCUUUACCGAGGCCUGUUUUUUGGUAUGACCGGAUUCUCGGGAAACGCUAUUAUCCUCUCGGUCCUUUACAACGGAGUAUUCAUGGUGUCGAGCGGCGAUAUAACGAUCGGCAGCCUGAGCGCCUUCCUGCUGUACGCCGGCUACGUCGGCAUAUCUCUCAACGGAUUGUCCACGGCCUACAGCGAGCUGAACAAGGCACUGGGCGCGAACUCCUGUCUGUUUGAGUUGAUCAAUCGACAGCCGGUCAUCCCCGUUCAGGGCGGGCAAGUGUUAGACAAGGAAUUGUCGGGCAACGUGGAGUUUCGCGACGUUUACUUCGCCUAUCCAACGCGCGACACGGUGCCCGUAUUGAAAGGCUUCAACUUGAACGUGGACAAGUGUUCCAUGACUGCCAUCGUCGGGCUCUCGGGCUCCGGCAAGUCCACCGUGGCGUCACUCUUGCUCAGGUUGUACGAUCCCACGAAGGGAUCGGUGCUCUUGGACAGUCACGACCUCCGCCUGCUCGACCCCACGUGGGUGAAGUCGCAGAUCAGCGUGGUGUCUCAGGAGCCGAUUCUCUUCAGCUGCUCGAUCCGGGAGAACAUAUUGUACGGGAUGGAGAGCGCGUCGGACGCAGAGGUGCUGGAGGCCGCACGGCUGGCGUACGUGUUGGAAUUUACGGAGAAAAUGACGGACGGACUGGACACGAUAGUGGGAGAAAGGGGGAUCGCGCUAAGCGGCGGUCAGCGUCAGCGAGUCGCGAUCGCCAGGGCCUUAAUUAAGCAACCGAAGAUUCUGAUACUUGACGAAGCGACCAGUGCCUUAGACGCGGAGAGCGAGUACUUCGUUCAGGAGGCCUUGGAACGCGCCAUUCGCGGCAGAACGGUGAUAACCAUCGCCCACAGGCUCAGCACGAUCAAGAAUGCCGACAAGAUCGUGGUGCUCGACGGCGGACGGGUGGUGGAGACCGGCGCUUACGCCGAGCUGAUGAGCUCGGAGAACGGCCACUUCAAGAAGCUAGUGAAGCAUCAAACGUUCACGUAGAAAUAACAGAGAAUCGCCGGGCGGACGACCGCUGGUCGUGGCAUCGAAUGACUAAUAAAGUUAGUUAGAGCACUUAUCUUGACGCAUCAUUCGAACGGGAAAUUCGAUGCGGUGUAACAACGGGACCGUGUAACGUCAUUCCCCCGAGCGUUUAUCGCUGAUGAGACAAGAGAUGUCAGGAGGAGAUACGUGACUCAUCGUUGCGGGAAAGAGAAACCGAGACAGAGAGCGGGAUUCCCAGAUUGUCCCGUCAUUUCAGGGAUAGCACGAGGAGACUGGCUACGAAUAAGAGAGAAGUCGACAAUCAUUUUUAUAUAUUUUGUUAUAAAAUAAUGUACAGCUAUUUUCAGAUAUCCACAUUUGUGUGUUUGUUGUGUCUUCUUAUAUGCGUGUGUACGUGUGUACAGUGUAUGAUGUUAUUAGUCUA